AUGGAGCAGCUAGCCGAAUUUGUGUCGCAAUCUUUCGAGUCGAAGCGCAAAUUAUCAAUCGCCAACAUUGUUUACAAGUGGCAAACGACAUCAAACGACUUCAACAACAGCAACAACACAACGCAUAAAAAUCACAACAACUUAAAUGAACAGUUGAUGAGUAACAAAAUUAAAACAGCCAAUCAUGUGCGCUACUCGAAGAACAACAACGCGGACAACAAUAUAAACGAUAUCGAAGACAACUACAUCAGCGACCACUCCAUCCAAAGCACCGAAGAAAAAAAUUUGAAAAUUAAUACCAAACUUAAGAAGGAUCGAUACGAGAGAGGAGGAGUACAUGGAGAUAAGGUCAACCCGAGCAAGUCAUCAAUCAAUACCAACAAUGACGUGAACAAGGUUAGAGACAUUAGCUCUAAUGAGAACAACAACAGCAACAAAACCACCAAUGAUUAUCAUGGCACUUUCAACAAAAACAUCCACACCAUCAAAAACACAUCAUAUUCAUUCAAAUCUUCUUCCAACAACAGUAAAUUUGAUAUCGACGUUAUUGACAAUGGCGAUGACAAGGACGAUUAUGACGAUGAUAAAAGUACUAACGAUGAAGAUGAUGAUGACUAUUAUGAUGGUGAACAUUAUUUACAUGAUGCAAUAAAGAAAGAAAUAAUUGGUACAACAACUUUGAACAACACUGAUUCCAACAUCACCAACAACGACAACAGCAACAGCAGCUGUCAUUUCAGAAACAACUACAACAACUACAUUAAGAACAGCAAACACAUCAGCAAUAACAACAAUAACAAUAACAACAGUUACUGCAGCAGCGAUACACAAAUGAAUGAGAAAGAUUGCUACAAAAAUUUGAAGCAACAAUUUCGAGAAGUUGGUGAGAGAAGGAAACAAUACAGCAUCCAUCAUUAUCGGGAUGCUUGCUACAAAGUUUCAACCUUCGAUGAUCAUAGUGAUGGUGAUGAUGACGACGAUGAUAAAAAUAUUGACGUAGAUGUUGAUGAUAAGAACGCAGUCCAGCAAAACAUUUCCACAUUGAACAGCAACAGCCGCAGCAGCUUCGUCCUUGACCUUGUUCCCCAAGGAGGCAACUAUGAAGAGAACAACACUGGAAGACACAAUGACCAUGACAAAAGUGAUGAAAAGAGUGGAGACAGGAACCACAAUGUGAGCAGCAACGAUGAUAAUGAGACGAGAGGCAUCAAAUGUAUUGUUGAGGCCAGCCCAGGUGAUCAACCAGUAGAUAUCAUUGCAAACGGAGAGCUGGUUGACAACGACGCUUGUGAAAUAAACAAACAUUUGCAUUGUAAGAACAUUUUAUUGAACACAAGUGUACAGGAAGAAAACGAAUAUGAAAAAACACAAGUUUUUGAAAGUGAAGCUGACUCAAAUGAGACGGAGAAACAAAAAUUGAUGAGAGUGUUGCCACAAAACAAUCCAACCAAGCGAAUUGAUAACGAUGAAACACAUGAUGCAAACGUUGAACAACAACAUGUGGCUUCCAGAGACCAACAUCCUCAACCGACCAACAACAAGCAGGAGACACAUGACAGUGAACCAACAAAUGCUCACAAGAGAAAAUUCAUUCACCACGUGUUAGAUGUUGAGAACCUCAUCGGAACAAAACAUGCAAGUGAGUUCAUGACCUUUGCUGCAUUUGCAUUUGCACUUGAAUCUCUUUUCAAAAAAAGCAUGAAAACAGUAUCUAGUUUAUAUUUCGUUAAACAUUUUGGCUUCUAA